CUUUCCUCCUACUUUCACAUGCAAAUCACUUAUAUUCUACUUUUCAAAUACUUUCACAUUAUUCUCUGAACACAAAAAUACUCAAACAUGAAGGAAAAUCAUUACCAAUUUGAAGAUCAACAAAAUUAUUGUGGCAGCUCUUCGGCCAUGAGCUUCUCCUUUGGGACGUCAACUACUGAUCCAGAAAGGCAUUCUUCUUUUUCUCAAGAUUCUGAAAAUCUCAGCUCUCUUCACAGUCCUUCUUCUGAUGAUAAUUACUCCCCGAGCGUUACUCCAAGUCAAGAUGAUUCUGCUAUUAUUAUUCAGAAGAGGAAAUUGGGAAAGAAGGCAAGAAGUUAUGCAUACAGAAUUCGUGAGCAUGUGAAGUUGGGGCCUAAAUUUUCAGAAACGGUGAAGGGGAAGCUGAAAAUAGUGAAAGAAGGAGGGAGAAGGAAUAUAUUCAAGCAUAUGUUUAAUGUAAACGAAGGAGAGAAGUUGCUAAAGGCAUCACAGUGUUAUUUGUACACAACAGCGGGUCCAAUUGCUGGCAUUCUAUUCAUAUCUACAGAGAAAAUAGCUUUCUGCAGUGAAAGACCCAUAGCUGUUCCUUUCCCCUCU